AUGGUGAAAUCUUACUUGAAGUACGAGCAUUCCAAGUCCUUCGGUCUUGUCAGCUCGAGCACUUCAAACAUCGUAUGGGUCGGUAACGAAUCCAAGGGUACAGGUGCCGGGCGCGUAGUCACAGCCGCGAACGAGGAGGUGCUAUGCUGGGAUGUCAAGAAGGGCGAGCUCUUGUCUCGAUGGCAAGAUGAGAAGUGCAAGGCGCAGGUAACGGCGAUCGCCCAGAGCAAAACCGACCGAGACGUUUUCGCGGUCGGCUACGAGGAUGGCAGCAUCCGGCUGUGGGAUAGCAAGAUUGCGACAAUCAUCGUGAGCUUCAAUGGUCACCGCACGGCAAUCACUCACCUAGCUUUCGACAAGUCUGGAACCCGGCUCGCCAGUGGCUCGAAAGACACCGAUGUUAUAGUCUGGGACCUGGUUGCCGAGGUUGGCCAAUACAAGCUGCGGGGACACAAGGACCAGAUCACCGGGCUCUGCUUCAUCGAGCCAGAGCCUCAAACCACCGAGCAGGAGGAUUCGGAGGAAUCCCAGGCAAUGGUUGUCGACAACGAGGGCUCUGAGGGUUUCCUUUUGACAACUGCGAAAGAUUCACUGAUCAAGCUAUGGGACCUUUCGUCUAGGUUCUGCAUCGAAACCCAUGUUGCUCAAACAAACGGAGAGUGCUGGGCGCUGGGUGUCAACCCGGAUUUUAGCUGCUGCGUUACUGCUGGAAACGAUGGCGAACUGAAGGUGUGGUUUAUCGACCUGGUUGCGCUGCUGUCAUCAACACGGGAAGUAGAGGUAUCCCACAUGGGGAAAAUUCUUCGAGAUCGUGGCACUUUGCAUCGCCAGAGCAAGGACAGGGCGGUGGAGGUUAGAUUCCACCCUCGGCGCGAUUAUUUUGCCGUACAUGGCAUUGAGAAAUCUAUCGAGAUCUGGAGGAUACGGUCGGGAGCCGAAGUCAAGAAAGCUUUGGCUCGGAAGCGCAAGAGAAGGCGGGAGAAGCAAGCAACCAAAGGCGAGGCAGAGAAGGAUGUCAAGGAGGAUGCGGACGACAUGGCUGAUGACAUCUCAAAGGCCGACGUCUCAGACAUAUUCGUGCUGUUGGUUAUCGUCAGAACUACAGGCAAGGCCAGGUCAAUCGACUGGGCCUUGGCGCACGGUACCAAGGAUCUGCAGCUGGUUGUCGGUACGACGAAUAACCAAAUCGAGCUUUGGCACGUCACGACAACAAAAGAUAAGGAGAAGAAGUCCAAAAAAGAAAGCGCCGAAGACUACACAAGAGCGCUUUCAAUCGAGCUCCCGGGUCACAGGGCUGACAUUCGAGCCAUAGCCUUGAGCUCUGACGACAGGAUGCUCGCUACAGCAGCGAACGGCAGUCUCAAGAUAUGGAACGUGAGGACGCAGGCGUGUAUCAGGACGUUUGAGUGUGGGUAUGCGCUCUGCUGUUCCUUCUUGCCCGGAGACAAAGUUGUGGUCGUGGGUACCAAGAGUGGUGAGCUGGAGCUGUUUGAUGUGGCGUCUACCGCCCUUUUGGACAGCGUCACAGCGCACGACGGAGCCAUAUGGUCUCUACAUGUGCACCCCGACGGUCGAUCUGUUGUGACAGGCAGCGCGGACAAGUCAGCCAAGUUUUGGGACUUUAGGAUCAUCCAGGAGCCAGUCUUGGGCACCACAAGAACGACACCUAAGCUGAAGCUGGUGCAGACAAGAGUCCUCAAGGUUUCAGACGACAUUUUGAGUCUCAAGUUCUCACCUGACGCGAAGAUGCUUGCUGUGGCUCUUCUGGACAGCACUGUCAAGGUCUUCUUUGCUGAUUCCCUGAAACUAUACCUUAAUCUCUACGGCCACAAGCUUCCCGUGCUGAGCAUGGACAUAUCCUACGACAGCAAGCUCAUCAUCACGAGUUCAGCAGAUAAGAACAUCAAGAUAUGGGGCCUCGACUUUGGCGACUGUCAUAAGUCGCUGUUUGGUCAUCAAGACAGUGUUCUCCAGGUUGCUUUCAUACCGCAUAACGCGGAGGGAAAUGGCCACCACUUCUUCAGCACCAGCAAGGAUCGGGUCAUAAAAUAUUGGGACGGUGAUAAGUUUGAGCAGAUUCAGAGGCUACACGGCCACCACGGAGAGGUGUGGGCUCUUGCAGUCGGCCACAGUGGGAAGUUCAUCGUGAGCGCGAGCCACGACAAGAGCAUACGUGUAUGGGAGGAGACGGACGAGCAGAUCUUCCUCGAGGAAGAGAAGGAGAGGGAGAUUGAAGAGCUUUACGAAAAGACGCUCACAACGUCUUUGGAGCGUGAUGAGGAUGCCGAGAACGAGGGCGAGGGCGACACGGUCGGCGCAGCUAGCAAACAGACGGUCGAAACACUCAUGGCAGGAGAGAGGAUACAAGAAGCCUUGGAGCUGGGGUUGGAGGAUCUCAACACCGUGAGGGAGUGGCAGCAAGCCCGGAAAACGACCCCGAACCUGGCGCCACCACAACGCAGCCCGGUGUUCACGGCCUUGGGGGACAUCAGCGCCGAGGUUUAUGUCAUGAGCGUGUUGCAAAAGAUCAAAGCAGCCGCGCUGCACGAUGCUCUACUGGUGCUGCCUUUCGCAGCGGUGCCGGCCCUGUUUGCGUUUGUUGACAUAUUUGCCAGGCGAGAGAUGAACACGGCGCUCACGUGUCGGAUACUGUUCUUCAUGCUAAAGGCCCACCACAAGCAGAUCGUGGCCAGCCGCACCAUGCGUGCAGCUCUGGAUGACAUCCGGGAUAGCCUGCGGCGUUCGUUGAAACGCCAAAAGGACGAGAUGGGCUACAACAUCGCCGCGCUAAAGGUUGUGGGCAUGCAAGUGCGUGAAAGGAGUGUCAAGGACUAUGUGGACGAGAACUGGGACAAAGGAAACGAUGCACAGGCUGCGAGGAAGAGGACGUUUGUGGAUGUGUCAUAG